GGAAGGUUUGAAUGGUCAGGCCUAUGGCUGUUGGUCUUGCCCUCCUGCCAGUUCCGGAGAGGAGCAGCAAAGCUGCAUCUCGAGCUACCAAGAUAACAAUUUUAACUCGAAGAACUCCUUCUGUUCCUCAGAUUCCUUGUCAUUCGGCGGAGUCUUCGCUUCCGUCCAGUCCUGCAGGAGUUUCUUUCUCCAAAUUCAAAUCUGCCUCUAAACUUAAGGUCGAGAGCGUGAAACUGGAUGAUCCGGACCAAGCCAAUCUUCUCUUCGUCCCACCUUUGAAGGUCUGAGCUUGCCAGACGCCUAUAGCCCUCCCUCCCUUGGUGAAGACUCCGACGUCAUGUCUACAGGAUUCUUUCCGUGUGCAAGAGGAGAGGGUGCUUCUGUUUCAGCACCCAGUUUUAGGUCCAAUCCAAGGAAGAUGUUACACCUACUUUUGGAGAGAAACUCUUCUUUUACCACCCGUUCAGAUUUCCCCAAAUCUCCGGGAGACAAACUCCUUGACUCGACAAACCUAAGCAUUUUGUCUGGAGGAACCCCAAAACGUUGCCUUGAUCUUUCAAAUCUUAGCAAUGGAGAGAUGUCUGCUUCUCAGCUUACCACUUCUGCUGACUUUGAAACUGGUUCCUUGGAUUCCUCAGGACCUCAGGAUGUACAGUUAAUUGGGAAAAAUGAUCACCAGGACCUUAUGAAAGGCAUCCCAGUACAACAUCUUUGCAGUACUCCAAAUGCUUUGGACCAUGGCCACAGAAAGGAAGAUGCCAAUAAAGAAAAUAUAAACACCGAUCUAAAGACAAUGGAGUGGGAGCCACCUAGGACCCCAAGGUUCCAAAACAUGCCUGGAGAUCCUCUGGCUUCUCCUCUCUCUGUGCUGGAAGAUGGAAUCCUGGUGGACAAUGAAAUGCGGUAUCUGGACAGUCCCAUCACUGCAGUUCCUAAACUGAGUAAAAAGCUGAAGCUGGAAGACCAAGAAGGGGUUUCAGGGGACCCAAUGGAGUUUUCCCUGGAAGACCAAGAGGCCAAGGGCUUAAGACUAAAGAAGAUGGCCUCUCUCUGUGACAUUGAUGCCAUUCAGAUGGAGGAGGAAGAUUCUGAUGAACGGCAUCUGAUUGGUGAUUUCUCCAAGAUGUGUGUGCUGCCAACGGUGUCAGGGAGACACCAAGAUCUGAAGUACAUCACCCCAGACACAGUGGCUGCUUUACUGGCUGGACACUUCCAGAGUCUGAUUGAGAAGUUUUAUAUCAUCGAUUGCCGCUAUCCAUAUGAGUACCUGGGAGGACACAUCCUGGGAGCCUUAAACCUGCACAGCCAGAAGGAACUGCAUGAGUUCUUUCUGAAGAAGCCUAUCGUUCCUCUGGACAUCCAGAAAAGAAUCAUCAUUGUGUUCCUCUGUGAAUUCUCCUCGGAGAGAGGCCCCCGAAUGUGCCGUUCUCUGAGAGAAAAAGACAGAGCUCUGAACCAGUAUCCAGCAUUGUACUACCCAGAGCUGUAUGUCCUCAAAGGGGGCUACAGAGACUUCUUUCCAGAAUAUAUGGAGCUGUGUGAACCACAGAGCUACUGUCCCAUGCAUCAUCAGGACCACCAGGCUGAGCUGCUGAGAUGGCGAAGCCAGAGCAAGGCCCAGGAAGAGGAUCGGCAGCUUUGGGAGCAGAUUGCCCUCCUGGUGAAGGAUGUGAGCCCACCAUAGUGGGUGUGACUGUGGCAGUGAAGUCACUGGAGACACUGGAGACCCUGAACAGAAAGAGUCAUCUCUGUCGCUAACCCCACGACUGUUAAAAAGUGUCUGCGAACACUGGGCAGAGCCCAGGCCUGGUGCUAGUGCCUUUAGUCCAGGACUCAGGAGGUAGAGGCAGGAGGAUCUCUGUGAGUUUGAGGCAAUCCUGGGCUACAUGUGACCCUGUCUCAAAAACAGACAAACAAAUAAAAAGAAAACCUAUCCAAUAAAAGCUUCCAGAUGACUACAAGCUGAUAGGCUGUAUACUGAUGAAAUGCUAGGCCCCAGGACCUGCUCGGUGUCAGUGAGCUGCUGGCUGGGUUCUGGAUGAUGAGCAGAGGUGUUUGCACUGCUUCAGAGAGUUCAUAGAGUUCUCUUCUCCGUCUUCACAUCUUGCCAUAAGCCACACAGCUCCUUCUCCCACCCGGCCAGGCUUUUCGAGGUUGCUGCCUACCCUCUCUCUGUCUUUCCUUCCGCUGCUCCCCAUCGUCCACUCCAGUGGGCAGGUAAACAGGAGGAGUGUGACUGUGAGCCCAGUCUCUUCCUGGAAGCUCUACAUAAGGAGAAGAGUCCUGAAUGAAGGGCGAGGACGGUUUGUGUGGUGAGGACUUGCCUAGAGGUCAUGAGAACACUGCGUGUGAACUCUAGCACUAUAAACAACUUCAGAAUAAAGUUGGAGCCGGGCGGUGGUGGCCCACACCUUUGAUCCCAGCACUCGGGAGGCAGAGCCAGGCGGAUCUCUGUGAGUUCGAGGCCAGCCUGGU